AUGCCCGACGCGUCGACGUCGGGCGCGAAGCCGGCGAAGACUAUGUCUUCCCGGCUUCUGACCAUGAAGUUUAUGCAACGUGCUGCUGCAGCAGCAGCCGCAAAUACGCCUUCAGGAACCCAAUCACCCUCAGUGGAGGACCCUGACACUCCAUCUCCCAAGCGACCGCGCUUGUCUGCGACCAGCAGUCCAGCGACUCCCAGUUCAGACCUGCAGGCGAUAUCGGCUGCUAUUGCGGCGGAGGAACAGAAACGGGCCGAGGCAGUGGCGCGUCAGGCUGCUGAAGCCGGUGAAACGGAAUGGGUGCUUGAUUUUCCUGGUGCGGAAGGCAGCAAGACUGCUCCUGCGGGUUAUUACGAGGCAGGAUCUGUAUUAUCAGCGUAUCCUGGACAGCCUCUGAUUGUGCCUGCGGGGUCUUUGGACGCAGAUGAUGAGGAUAUGGUGUACGGAGGUCGAAGAAGCUAUGGAAACUUCAAAAGAAAGAAGCAAAAUGAGCACGCAGAAGACGAUUCCACCUCCGACUCUGACUCCGAAGACGACGACGAUGACGAGGAGGACGAGGACGAUGACGAGCUCAGCGAAACCGACUUAAUCAUCAAAAAGGCCAAGGCCAAAUUAGAGAAGAAGGAAGCUAAGAAGAGCAAAAAGGAACACAAGAAAGAGCCGCAGAAGGAAAUCCGUCUCUCCAAGCUCACGAGUAUAUCCGGCUCCGGAGGCGGAGGCGGAGGUCAUAAGCAUAAACAUGGAGGCAAAAAGGGCAAGAAGAGAUCACGAUUAUGA